GGCCAAGUCGUCAGCCUGCUGUUUUGAGCACCGCGGAUGUCCUCAAUGAUGAACCCGGAGAUUCUCCCGACGUCUCCCGGAAAGUGUCGUGAAGUACCCGGCCCGGUUUUUUUUUUGUACGGUGAGAUUCCGAUAGAAGAGACGGGCUCGCAUCAACCGUCUCGCCAACGCUGCAACAAACGCAAAAAUUUUCAACGGUGCCCAACGGAAGCCAUGGGAAACCAGCAGGCAACUGCUGCUGCCAGUCCCCCCAGCCCUGAGGGGAAGCUGUCCCCACCCCCAGAGUGCCCCAUGCAUGCAGCUGGUGCAGCUACGGGUACACAGGCCGCCCCUGCAGACUCUCGCCUGGCCAUGCUGGCUAACGUCCCGAGUGAGUGUCCCAUGAGUGGACAGGGAGGGGGGCGGUCACUCCUGCCACAGCAGCCCGAGUCUGAUAUCAACCCAGACAACAGGAUGCCACCUCCAAACCAACAGCCUGCUCCAGACCAACCGUUCCUCCUCCCCACAGAGAGAGUGGUAUCUUCCAUCCCGAAGGCUGGUGAGGAUGGUGAGCGCUGGGUGUACCCCUCACCACAGAUGUUCUGGAACGCCAUGCUGAGGAAGGGUUGGCGCUGGAAGGAUGACGCCCUCUCCCAGAAGGACAUGAGGAACAUUAUCCAUAUCCAUAAUGGCAACAAUGAGCAGGCUUGGCAGCAGGUGGUGCAGUGGGAGUCCAUGCAUGCCAAAGAGUGCCCUUGUGGCCCGAAGCUGGCCAAGUUUGGUGGGAAGGCCAAAGAGUUCUCCCCGAGAGCCAGGAUGAGGAACUGGAUGGGGUAUGAGCUGCCCUUCGACCGCCAUGACUGGAUCGUUGACAGGUGUGGAAAGCAGGUCAGGUACAUCAUUGACUAUUACGAUGGCGGGAGUGUGAAGGAAAACUUCCAGUUCACCAUCCUGGACGUGCGCCCGGCGCUGGACUCGUUCGGGGCGGUGUGGGACCGGAUGAAGGUGGCGUACUGGCGCUGGACCACCUCUCCACCAACCCACACCAACAAGGAGGAGCUCAAGCUGGCUAAAGACUUCCCAGAGGAGAGACAGAAAGUUUAGACUCCCAUUUGUUUGAAUAUCAGAACAGUUACAUUAUGGUUGGUUGUGUCAAAAUAAACAGUAGAUGCCUUUAUAGGUAAGAAUUGGGACAAGAAGUACUGAACCAGUAGGACUAAGUACGGAACUUUGUAUACAUGUAGUUCACCUUAAACAGGAUUUGGACAGUUUAAGUUGUUACAGGGAUAGUAUAAGUUGUUACAGGGAUGGGUCUGGGUCCACCAAAUGAACUUUCCAUUGCAAGAUAUGGUUAUGACAUACAAAAAAAUUCCUUCAAAGCCUGUUUACUUACUAUUCGAACCCCAAGUCUUUACCUCUCUGCAAAGCUGGAUUUAUCAGGUUUGUUUUGUUUGAAAUAGGGGAGGACAUCUAUGGUGUUAUAAAUGGAAAUGACACUAGGGUUUCACCCCGUCCUAAUGAUUGGAUCAGUCCAGCCAGUGAGCUGCCAUUCAGGGGUCAGACACAUGUCAAAGGUCACAAAGUUUGAAAAUAAACAUUCUUCUGGCCUCCCAACUUGAGGAAACUGGACCUUUUGAUCAAAAUUUGCCUAAGAAAAAAAUAUUUAAAAAAGUCAAUAUUUAGAUAAAGGGUAUGCACGGUGCACCCGACUGUGAACCCAAAUGUUGGUCUGGCCCCCAGUGUGCAAGGACCAUACCCGGAACAUUAGCUUACAGGAUGUUCUUCAAACUUGUAAUGGACAGAUGUGUACUUAAAAAUCUAAACGUUUGAUAAGUGUGUCAGGACAAGCAAAACUUAUUUAUAGUUAUUUAUGGGUACCUGGUAUCUCUGAGUUAAAUUCCUGAGAUAACUUAGCCUGGGUACCAUCCGGAUAGUAGUUUGCUCCGAUGUUUAUCAUACACUGUAUACAGUCCCUUCUCACUACGACUAUUAUCAUACAUUAUAUACUAUUAGUCGCUUCUCUGCUGUUCCAUCUGGAAUCUUUACCUCCAUAACAUUUGGAAUCAUCCAAAUUUUGGAUGAGGGCUCUGAUAGGUCUCUGCACAUGUGCAAAUUAAGGAAUGAGUUCAAGCACCAGAAAUGCCCUCCGUUCGCUUGCAGGAGGGCCUGUUGUCAUCAACAACAAGAGCUCUGGAACCCAUUUCUUAGGUCGCUCAUCAACUGAGGUCACCACCAAAAGAUUUGAAUAAAAAAUUAUUAUAAAGUUAUUACCGGAUAGUCAUUGUGCCCAGGCUAGAGAUUAAUGUAUUUCACAAGUUUAAGAUUGUUGUGAUAUUUUUCAUAGUGCGUGAAAGUUAUGCUGUUUCAAAGUUUGCAACAAUAUCUAUGUUCUAAAGAAUUGAGAAGCAGAGCAAAAUCUUCCGGAAGUGGACAUUUCUACAUUAUAUUUUACCAUUCAGUAUGUAAACAUUGAAGAUGGGAAGAAAGCGCUGAAUAUCAAGUAUGGGGGAAAACAUAACUGUACAUGGAAAAUACAAUGUGCUAUGGAAGGGAAUGUACACUUCAUUAAAUUCAGUAAAUCA